AUGGGCCUCCCGACCACGCGCGUGAGCGAGAAGGACGCCGCCGAUGACGCCGCCACCGCCGCCCCAGCCGUUGCCGACGUUCGCCGCAAGUCUCUGCUGCAAUCCCUUGUCUCAUCCAGCUCCCCGCCGUCGCUGUUGCCCGAGCACGACUGGCUCCUCGGCGUCCGCGGCUUCCUCGUUAUCCAGUCCUUCGUCUGGGUCUUCCUGACCGUCUUCGCGCCGGCCACGGUCAAGGGCGCUGCCAACACCGAUGGCCCGCUCUACCAAAUCAUUCUCCGCAAGGUCUUCUCCGUGCUCUUCUGGAACGAGUCUCUCAUCUACUCGUUUAUCGUCCUGCUCUCGGCGCGGACCAUCUGUCUCCCGUUCCUGGUGGAGUCGACUCGCCAGAUGGUCGCCAGCCAGGUGUUCCGCCGCGGCAUCCGCCUCUGGAUACCCACCGCCGUGGCUUUCGGGCUCUCGACAGUCGUCCUCAACCAGAUCGGGCUCGGCUACAUCGAUGAUUUCAAGACCCGCACCGGCAACGUGACGAUUGAGACGCCGGAGCGGAUUCAGAACUUCCUCAACUGGUUCAACUCCAUGUUCGAGAUCUUCUGGGUGAACAAGAACUACGCGACGCAGAUGGGCAGCCUGGCCUUUCCGUCACAGACGCUCUUCACCGUCAGCAUCGUCUUCGUGCAGAGCUACACGGUGUACAUGACGAUGGUCUGCAUCCCGUACACGCGCAACUCGUGGCGCGUCAAGGCGUUUUUGUUCUUCAUCGCGACGGCGUGGUGGGUGCAGUCGUGGGCGUGGUACUCGGUCACGGGCGUGCUGCUCGCCGACGUGGUCAUGAACAUGGACUUCAAGGCGAAGGCGCUGCGCGGCAUCCCGCUGCGCGUGCCGGGCAUCGGGCCCAUGCGCUGCCCGUCGUAUAUUGCAUAUGCCGCGCUGCUGAUCGCAGGGCUCGUGAUGGAGUACCUGUGGACCGCUUGGCGACCGCAGUACGAGAACGCCGAGCUGAAGGGCCACACGGGCCUGUACAACGCGGGAUCGCUCAAUGACGGACUGGACCUGACGCAGCCGCUGGCGCGCGACGACAACUACCUGGUGAUCGUGGGCUUCAUGCUCAUGCUGGAGACGUCGGACGUGCUGCAGUGGAUUUUCAAGAACCCGCUGUUCACGUACCUGGGGCGUCGCUCUUUCAGCUACUUCCUCAUCCAGGCGACGGUCAUCUACACCGCUGGCAUCAAGCUGUUUCUCCACCUGCGGAUCGACAAGAACUGGCCGGAAGGCGCAAGUAACAUUGUGUGCUUGGCGGUGUGCCUGGUCACGGUGGUGCCGGGAGCGGAGCUUUUCUACCGGGUGGUCGACUACCCGAGCCAGGUGCUGGCGCGGGUGGCAUGGGACUUCAUGACAGAGUAG